AUGGCUAAUCUUCUUUAUGAUUCUGAAGAGGAACGAUUCAUUGACAAAAUUCGCUGUGUCACAUACCGUGAAAUACGUGACGAAAUGAUUGCAAGAACAGGAGAGUCGAUUAUUACUCGCCAUUGGAUUUCCGAGAAGCUACGUCGUAGUGAUAAUUGGGUACGCCACAAUUGGAAUAAAACUAUUGAAGAAUGUUAUACAGAAUUUGGUAGUGGCCGACCCCAGGUACUUACGCAGGAGAGCAAAAACGUCGUCGCUUUGGCAAGUAGUUUCAGAAAUAGUAGCUGUCGAAGAGUUGCAAGAGCAAUUUUAGAGAAAACAAAACAACGGCUAUUGAAGAGAAACACACACAUCGAAGAUCGCAAGUGGUUCGCAAAUUUUGUUGCUGAUUGGACUGAAGAAGAUUUUUUACAUAUUGCACCCUCGGAUGAAUUUUAUAUUUAUGUUGGAAGAAAACCGAACCAUCAAAAUGAUCGAAUUUGGGCAAAAAGUGUCGAAGACAUUAGCAGUGACGAAAGAUACCGUGAAAUGGUCUACAAUGCAACAUGUAUCGGCAUAUUCAUCAUGUUUACUGCUAAAAAACGUCUUUGGGUGCCAAAAGAACAUGGACAAUCUUGGGAUGAUACUUAUUUUCGCGAUACUAUCCUUCGACAACACGUGAUCCCAUUUCUUCGUGAUCCUUCCAAUUUUCUUGAUACGGACGAAGUAAUAUUUCUUCACGAUAAGGCACCUUGUAUGAAAGCCAAUGCAACGCAGCAUCUUUUAGAAGAUGAGGACGUGAAUUUCUGGGGAAAUUCAAUUUGGCCAGGCAACAGCCCUGACAUGAAUCCUGCGGAGAAUGUUGGUGCAAUUAUCAAAGAUAAGAUUGAAGAAUUAAUGAAGAAAUCAAAAUGGAAACGUAAACCAGGCUUCGAUGGAUUCCAUUAA